UUGUUAGCGAUAGUUGGCAACAAACGGUACAAACAUGGCAAGCAGAAUAAAUUUAUAAGAAUUUGCUCCAAAUGAACAAUCCGCGAGAUCAUCUACAUUGCAGCAGAAGAGGCUGUACCUACACCACGAAUAGAGCUUAUAACUUGGAACGUCACGAACGGAACCAUGAUAAGGGAAAGGUGCCAAUAUCGCAGUGCCAGCCAUGUCCGCACUGCACAUAUGCCGCUGGAUCUCUGCACAACUUGAUGCGUCACAUAAGUAAGAAGCAUACAGGAUCUGUCAAGACACAGCUACAAGUGAUAACCACUCAACCAGCGCAGUCACAAGUAACACCCGCUGAGAAACAGAAUGAGCGGAAUGUUACACAGACGCCCCUGUCAAAUGUGACAUCAAGUCCCGAGCUGAAGCAGACUGUGAAACAAUCAGUGGAAGGACCGGAAGUGGAAGCGUCGCUUUGGCUUUGGACGACGCCACAGCAACAAGAAAAGAAUUUUAUUAAACGUAGUGGCCUCAAAGGCGAAUGCAAGAUAUUAGAGCGUAGCGUUAAUCUGUUCAAAUUAUACGCAUUGGUUCAAGCACGAGGCGGAGCUCUUGAUGUGGACGAAUGGGAUGAUGUUGCAGCAGCAUUGAGUCUGCCUCCUGGAUCCGGCUGCAAUGUUGGUGUUAAAUAUAUGGAGGUGUUGUUCGAAUUUGAGAAGAAAGAGGAAGAACGCUUACAGGAAUGCCAAAUCGUGCCGGGUGUGCCGCCUUGGUGGGACGACGGCGAUUUGAUUAGUGACGAUGUGUGUUGUGCAUCCGAGGGCAAAGUGUUAGGCCAUUGGUGGAAAGAUAUGAAUCGACCUUUUAUAACUGUACAAAAUGCUAUUAUUAAAUUGAUUUACGAUAAGUAUUAUAGUAAUCACUUAAGCAACAGCAAACCAUUUCAACGGUUUUGCGUAAAAGACUCUUGGCUGCGAGCCACAAUGUUGAAUUAUCAAGAGCUAAAGUAUCAACUACAUCUCAUACAUAGUUCUGCUUCGUGACUGUAUAAUUUUAUAAAUUGUAGUGUUAUCCUUAAUU